CUCUUCAAUCUAUUGCGUAACGGCGUACCGAGUAACACCAAGACCCCACCAACUAUGUCCAGUGGAGGCAGCGGUACGAACGGAGCAGGAUCUCUUUCUUUUCCGUUUGUUAGCGAUCAGUCUCAGGAACAGUCCAGCGAGGGAGAGAAAAAACGCCGCGGUUCACGUCUACUCUCGGACGAUAGUGCAGAGCAGCAAGUGAAAUUGGAGAAAAGCAAUAUUGUUAUGCUUGGACCCACUGGUUCAGGUAAGACACUGCUGGCGCAAACCCUAGCUCAGUGUUUGGAUGUCCCAUUCGCUAUUUGUGAUUGUACCACGCUGACACAGGCCGGCUACGUGGGCGAGGAUAUUGAAUCAGUCAUUGCUAAGUUGCUGCAGGACGCGAACUUUAAUGUGGAACGUGCUCAGCAGGGUAUCGUAUUCCUAGAUGAAGUGGACAAAAUCAGCAGCAAAGCUGGCUUCCUUCAUUCCAUCCGAGAUGUCGGGGGAGAAGGUGUGCAACAAGGUAUGUUGAAACUGCUUGAAGGCUCUAUUGUCAAUGUACCGGAUGGAAAAAGUUCGCGCAAAUUACGCGGUGAAACCGUUCAGGUAGACACUACAAAUAUUUUAUUCAUUGCAUCUGGUGCUUUCAACGGUCUCGACAAAAUCGUUGGGCGUCGGAAACACAGAAAGACGGUCGGUUUCGCUGACCUUAGCACACUCCCAGAUGGUGGGAAGCCCGGAAUCACAGAUUUUGAGUCCGAACCGAUAGACAUGUUCAACGUUGAUCAUAUGCGCACUGCAUUUGAAACGUCCGCUAUGGAGGAAAACGAGGAGCGAGAUCGAUUAUUGCACGAAGUCGAAGCUCGGGAUCUAAUAGACUUUGGUAUCAUCCCGGAAUUUGUAGGUCGAUUCCCUAUCAUCACUGUCCUGCACUCGUUAGACGAAGAGAUGCUCGUACGUAUUCUGACCGAACCGCGAAAUGCGUUAUUGCGACAAUAUCAACUUCUUUUUGGCAUUGAUCAGUGCGAACUGAAAAUCACUCGAGAUGCUCUAAAAGCUAUUGCCAGGGAGGCACUUACUCAGCGUACCGGAGCUCGGGGUUUACGUGCAAUUUUGGAGAAUCUUUUACUCCAAGCGCGCUAUGAAGUACCUGGCUCAGAGAUAUCAGCGGUUGUCAUCACAGAAGAUGUCGUCCUCGGCCGCGAACCACCCGAGUAUCACUACCGCUCACGUUCACCAUCUGCUUCUAGAGUGUGA